AUGAGGCGCGGGAAUAGACCAAACUGGUUGGAAUGUCCGUCCCAAUUGGAGAUCUCUGCUGCAAUUAAGUGCCCGUCUAUUUUAGGCCACCUCACAACCUUCAAGAAACUCCAACAAGCACUCACAGCGCCUGGGGCCUUGGAAAGUUUUCUCACGGAUUCCGAGGCCGCCACUAUUCGCGAAACCUUUGUUCCAGUCUUAUCACUUGACCAGUCAGAGGAGGGUCUUCGUGCCCUGUCCUUGGCUACAGAUCCUGAAAGAGCUGUGGAUUAUAUUCUGAAACCAUCGCUCGAGGGAGGUGGCAAUAAUAUCCAUGGUGAGGAGAUACUAGAGUUCUUGGCAUCUAUUCCCGAAUCUCGGUGGUCGUCAUAUAUCCUAAUGGAAAGAAUUCAGUCACCUGUACUAUCCAACAUACUUAUGAGCCCUAUCGGUGUUGAGAGUGGCGAGGUCGUCUCUGAGCUAGUGCUUAUGGAAAAAGGCUUCACCUCAUGGGGGCUGUGUACUGCUUCAUAA